CCUCUGCCUUGGCGCUAGAGGCCACAACGCUCUUGUCGUAUCAACCCAUGUCAAAAUCCACAAUUUGCGUUCCGGCAGAGCGUCAAGCGGCAGCAGCGUGAAGCAUCCAAUCGCUCACACCGCAUCCUAGAUCGAGGACUUGCUGUGGUGGUUGGUCCCGGUAGUUGUGGAACGAGGGAGUGUUGUUGGCAUUGAUUCUUCGUAGGAGUUGACACGUUCGGCGGUCCCUAUGAUGAGAAGGCAACAUCGUAGGCAUCCAGCGGAUACGAGCCGACCAUGGACACGAUGUGCGAGGGAGGAAACAUGGAUUUGGCGACAGUGUCGGUGGGGGGAUGUCGGCUCAACGGACGGGGACGUCGGUUCGAUGGCGAAGACCGGUUCCGGCGAUGGACUGCGGACGAUUACAGAGACCGAUAGCGGAGGGUCCACCCGUCUUCUCCCGGCCCAGCGCAAUUCUAAACACCCCAGCCUUCGCGUCCGUCUCUUCUUUCUUCUUUCUACUUCGAAGAGGUGCCGAAGAUUUGGGAUGAGCGCGGGUCCGACCGCCCGGAAACACAAAAGGCUCCGGCAUGCUCUGGCUGUUUUUACUCGACCGCGAGCUGCGGAUGCUGGCGCUCCCGCUCCCGGUGGAGCCAGAGGCAGGUGCACUGUGGAUGCUGGCUGUGGGAGACACCGGUGGUGACAUGGACGGGGCGGAGAUAACGGCGUGCUUGGGACGACGGCCUUUGCCUGCUGCCGAUUCAAGAAUUUGAAUUCAGGGAUGGAGGACGACGCGCGCAAGCGCGACUGCCCAGAGGGAUACACAAAAACGAUAGACUGCGGCGUGCUUGGUGACACGCUGGAUUUGAUCGGCGCGGCUGGUGAACUUGUCGCAAGUUUGAACGCACGCCGCCGUCUUUCGUAACUCAGUGGGAUCUGGUGGAAGGAACGUGGAUUCCAAGGUUACACUCUUGGGUGUCACACUUAGUCCGUCGUGCUGUUGCCUGCACCUUGUACUUCCUUUACAACGCGCUGGCGCUAUCUAAUGACCUUGGCGGGUUGCAUCUGAUCACUCAGAGGUUUCUGUAGUGCGAUUGAGGUGGUGGUGGAGCGCUGUGAGGAUGCGAAUGGAGGACGGGCGGUCGAUGAAUUGUUUUUCACCGCACACCUCCCACCGUCCACCAACUCUACAUCCUGAGCUGCGCACUCAUUGGAAGCACGAUAGGGUUAGCUCAUCAUGCGUCCCGACUCGAACAGACUGCAUGUAUGGCGUGUUGACCAUUUGCGCCGAUUUGUUUCCCACGCACCACGAGACGACAAGCCCCAAAACUCAAAGACGAUGAUGACGAUGACGACGGAAGCUAGGCCUCCAUUGGCUUGGAGAACGGCCGGAGCGGCUGGCCUAACGAGAAUAAUCUCAACAUCGACUGCCAGUAGAUCCCAGCGAAAACGUUCGACGCGAUAGACCCACUGGGCCG